CGAGACAUUUGCUCUUGACGUCAACAAAACAGGGAAUCUAGUGGGAAACGAGGUUUACCACUUUUUCCGGCUCCUCAAUGAUCUCACCUAUGGCUGGACGCAGCUAAAAUCUACCCAAAUUGGACCAAAACGUCAACACAGCGGAAGCUAUAUGAGCUCUGUACAGCUGCCCAGAAUGUUUAGAUGAUUUUAAGCUUUUGCUCCACACUGAUUUUCAUCUCCAAAGUGCGGACUUUAUCUCAUCACAAUCGUUUGCGCGAAACAAUGGCUCGCCAACAGAGUCUGAGCUCUAAGCUCAUCCAACUGCUGCCCUUCGUGGCCUACUCUUCGGCAUCAGCAUUGUACUCUACCUAUAGCUUCAACCCAUUGACACACCUGGGAGGCAUUGCCCCGUACUUCGAAUCACAAGACCCUCAAUCAUCACCCGACGCGCCACAGGGAUGCAAAGCAGAACGUGCAGCUUACCUGGUGCGACAUGCAGCCAUUUACGCAAACGACUUCGACUUCGAAGAGUACAUCGAGCCCUUCCUCGAAAAGCUGGGCAACAAGACGAGCAUCGAAUGGAGCAAGAUUCCCUACCUGAACUUCUUGUCGGGCUGGGAUGCACCGGUAUCUGAGGCCGAGGCCGAGAUUUUGACACGGGUUGGAAGACUUGAGGCGACUCAACUCGGCGUCGACCUCGAGUUCAGAUACCCCAACCUCAGACUCCCCAAGACAGUAUGGACCUCUUCCGCAGAGAGGACAGAAAAGUCUGCCCAGUCUCUCGUGCGCGGGCUCGAGACCGACGACAACACCAUGAACGUCGUCAGCAUCUACGAAUCGGAGGAGUCAGGCGCAGACAGCUUGACUCCUUACAAGGCCUGCCCGGCUUACUCUUCCUCUGCGGGAAGCAAACAGUCGGCCGUCUACCAGGAAAAGUUCACGAAGCCCAUCAUUGCCCGCUUCAACGACUUGGCCCCCGAGUUCAACUUCACCACCAACGACAUCUUUGGCAUGCAGCAGCUUUGCGGAUACGAGACGGUCAUCCGCGGAAAGUCUCCUUUCUGCAACCUGGAGCUCUUUACCCCCGACGAUUGGCUCGCCUGGGAGUACACGGAAGACGUCCGCUACCACUACAACGUCGGUUAUGGAGCCGAGGCGUCGGGAUAUGUUGGCCUUCCCUGGCUGAACGCCACCGCAAACCUGCUCAUGGGUGACUCAAGCGAGGAGGACAUUUACGUCAGCUUCACUCACCGUGAGCUGCCUCCUAUGGUUAUCGUCGCGAUGGGUCUUUUCAACAACUCUGAGUUCGGCGGCAGCGAGGCUUCCAUCAACGACACCAUGCCGCUUGACCGCAUCAACUACCGCCGUGCAUGGAAGGCCUCCAGCAUCCUGCCAUUCCUUGGCAACAUUGCCGUUGAGCGUCUUAACUGUACCGGCGCCUACGGUUACGACAACGGCGAUUACUACCGUGUGUUGGUAAACAGCGCACCUCAACCCCUUCCUGACUGCGCCGAUGGCCCUGGCACUUCCUGCUCCAGAAAGGGUUUCGAGACGUAUUUGCAAGAUAGAGUGGACCAGUUCUCGGGCUUCUCUGAGAAGUGUGGUGUCGAGUACAAGAACAGUACCGACGUCCUGUCGAUUUACACAGAUGCUGCGGUUGGCAAUGGAACUACGGUGGGCAAGCGUUAUGAGCCAUUCCUCAAUUAA